GGAGGGAUGCGGGGGGGAGGGAUAAGAGAACAAAGAGACGGGCCAGUGGAGGGAUCUAGGACUGGCGAGGCUGGGACCCAGGGGUUCCAGGACAUACGGGUCCCUCGUAGGGCUGCUGCUUCUCCCUCCCAUCUGCCCACCUCCAGUCCCCGCCGACAUUUCGGAUUCCUGCGUCCACUUUUCCUGUUUCUCUGAGCGAGCCGCAGCCCCGACCCCGCCUUUCUCCUGGUCCCAGAUUUAUACCUCUGCUACACCUCCUGGCUCCCCCUUCUCUUUUUCUCUGUACACUUUUCCUCCUCGGCUCUUUCUCUAGAAGACACUCCUCGAGGGACAUCGACAUCCCACUGAUAGCACCCCCUCCAUGGCAGGUUAUAUACCCCCCAAAGGCUAUGCCCCAUCACCCCCAUACCCAGUGACCUCAUAUUCCAACCCUGCACCUGCCCCAGGCCACAUUGUCAACCUCUUCCCUUCCCCUGGCCCUGUGGCCCCCUUGGAACCAGAACCAGUUACUGUUCCCUUUCUGCAGUUGCCUGGAGUCCCUUCUGGCCUGGAAUUCCUUAUACAGAUUGAUCAGAUCCUGAUUCAUCAGAAGAUUGAGCGGGUGAAGGCAUUUUUUGGCUGGGAUAUCUGUAACCGAUAUGAGCUACAUUCUGGAGCAGGGAUACUACUGGGCCAGGCAGUUGAGGAAAGCAGCUGCUGUGCCCGUCUCUGCUGUGGGGCUCGCCGGCCCAUGCGUAUCCGUGUGGCUGAUCCCAGGAAUCGUGAGGUCCUGCACUUAAUCCGACCUCUGCAUUGUGGGUCCUGCAGCUGUCCCUGUUGCCUUCAGGAGCUGGAAGUACAGGCUCCCCCUGGCACAACUGUUGGGCAUGUACUACAGACUUGGCAUCCCUUCCUGCCCAAGUUCUCAAUUCAGGAUGCAGAUCGCCAGACACUGCUUCGAGUUGUGGGGCCAUGCUGUGCCUGUGGUUGUGGCAGUGACACCAACUUUGAGGUGAAGACCAAGGAUGAAUCUCGGAGUGUGGGUCGGAUCAGUAAACAGUGGGGAGGCAUUGUGCCAGAGGCCCUCACUGAUGCAGACCAGUUUGGCCUCCAGUUCCCCCUGGACCUUGAUGUUCGAUUGAAGGCUGUGCUACUGGGGGCAGCCUUUCUCAUUGUCAGAAAGAGCUGCUUCCCAACGUUACCUUUAGCCAAGACAACUAUGACCAUGUUCACCCCAAGUCCCAAGAGAACUCCUCCAUGAUCCAAAGUUAGAAGACUAUGCCCACAUAAUAUAAAGGUAUUUACAACUACCCUUUUUGACCUUUGCCUAUAAGCCAAGAUACCUUCUUUCGUGACCCAAUUGAAGAUGACAGCACCGAAAGCUUCUUGAAUGAUCUCUAGUAUUCCACAUAUUUCAGUUUUAAUUUUACAGUGGGGUGGGGAAGCAAGCAAGGCUCCUGCGGAUGGAGUAGGAUGCUAAAGCUCAAGUUCCUGCUUCUUAGGUGGGGGGUGUUGCAAACUAAGCAGAGCCAAAUGAAUGUGCCUUAGUCCUAGAAUUUAGAGGUUUUUAAAAAAGAAGAAUUUAGAGAUAGAAGAAGCCUUUGAGCUUCUGUUGUUUCAAAAAUGAGGAGUGAAAGUGAAAAGUGAAGUGAAGACUUAUAAGAAAUCAAAUAGUUAACAGCAAAUCUGGGAUUUGAACCCAAAUCUUCUGAUUCCCAAUCUUGUGCCCUUCCUAUUUUUGCAUAUCUUAUACUUGUCAUUCUCAGGCAGGUUCUAGGGUACCAAGUCUGUUCCCUUAAAUAGCAGAGUCUAUCCUGGAUUGCAGUAAGAGAGGAAAGAAAAAGGUCAAUUCAGUAUCAUUAAUAUUAUUAGUUCCAAGUGAAGCUCCCUUCCCAUGGGGAGGUUUCUGGUCUGUCAUACUUCAUCAAAGCUGCAAAAUGACGGUGAAGAUUUCAUCCCCUGACAGCAGUCCAUCUGAAAGUCAUUCUAUACUUUGUAAAGAGUGGAGAUAGUCAUUUUGUCAUAUCUUUGAAGGGACAUAGUGACAUUUUGCCCUGAAGUCAAAACCUGUUCCUGACCUAGUGGCUCAUGGUACAGAGAGGUUCCAUUGAAAGCAUUCUAGGAUUUGCCAGCAGUUACCCCUAGAGUAGUUGUUCAGAUGAAAGUUAAACCUACAAAAGACUUAAGAGUUGGAGGGGUGGGGAGCUGGAUCUCUCUGGAGAGUAGAGGGCAGGAAAGAGAAUCAGAGGUAUGCUUCAAGGGCCUUCAGUUUCAGGAAGAAGAAAGGUCGGAGAGAGAAUGAAGGACUUAAGUGAAUAGGUACAAUGAAGACUUGGAUAACUUCCUUGAUUUUCUGAGAAGAAUCUUGGAGGAUAGAGAAAGGCUGAAGUCUCAGGUCCCUGGAGGUUUGGGAGCUUGAUAGAGGCUGGUGUACUUCUGAUUGUGGGCCAGAAUUUAUCUUCAGGGUUCUAGAGAGCAGAAGUCAUAUUACCUGUCGCUCUGAAUGUAUAGCUGCAUUUACAAGCAAUGAAAACAUCGGAUGUUUCUCCCCUGGCAGACUCAUAUGUUAUAUGUUGUCCUCUUUGCCCAUCAUUGCUAUGCCUCAAAUUCUUUAACCUCUGGAACCCAAAUCAGGGCAAAGUCUCACACGGACUACAAGUACUUUUGUCUGGUUUCCUUGUAUAUAUAAGGGGAAGGAGGGGGGAGGGAGGGGAAAGGGACGAUGAGAGAAAGUGUGCUCUUACUAGCUCAAGAAUCAGUUGUUAAAUUUUCAGUGUGAGCUUUACAUCUUAGAAAUCAGGAGAUGUUAUAAACCAAUACUUGAUUUAUUGUUUUCUUGAUUUUCUAUAUAUAAGAAAGUGAUUGAAAAUGUUAGAUUUUCAUAUUAGAUUAGAUUUAAAUAUGUUAUGUACACAUUUAGAUUUAAAUAUGUUAUGUACACAUUUUUGAAGAACCAGUUAAACAUUUACUAACACAUCCAUGGGUCUGAGUCUCACUGGGGGUCCGGUUAGGCUGGAACUUUAGAGAAGAUGCAGAGAGGUAAGAAGGAAAGGAUCAGUACUAUAAUAAUAAUAAUAUUUAACAUUUAUAUAUCAGCAUAAGGUUUGCAAAACCCAUUACAUAUGUGAAGGAUUGUUUGAUUUUCACAACACCCCUAUAAGGUAGAUGGCUAUCAUCCCGUUUUUACAGAUAAAAAAACAGAACAAGAAAGAUUUUAUGAUUUGCCCAACAUUACAUAAAUAUUAAGUGUUUGAGGCAAGAUUUGAACACAAGACUUUUUCUAUUGCAUCACUCAGCUCCAGUAAUGUACAGCAAUAGAAUGUUGGGUUUUUGAAGGGUUGGAGCCAUUUCCUGAAGAUUGAGUACCCAGAAAGAGAGCUGACUAAGAUUCUUGUAUGGAGAUUCUUGUAGAGAUAUAGAAAGGAGAGUAGAGAAUUUAGUGUGACCUGGGUGCCUGGUUUCCCAGAUGUUUUUAAAGACUCCAGGAGCCCUACCAAACCAUCUCCAGAUCCCUUUCCCCUUUGGGAUUGCAGGAUUCCAGGCUUUCAGCAGCUACAACCUCAUUUUUCACUUUCAAUUGAUGCCUUUUUCUCUCUUGGACCUGAACUGAGUCCUGAAGCCUUUCUUUGCAUCUAAUCAAGAGGAUAAGAUGUGGGGGGAAAGAGGGAAGAAAAGAGAAAAUGGGAAUUUGGGAUGGAAGAGACUAGGAGAAGGCAAAAUAGAAGAGAGAAGUAGAGAAAGAAUGUGUGAUGGAAAAGAAGGGAAAUGGAGGGAGGAGAAUAGCAAAAUGAGGAAGCAGGAGAUGGGGAAGAUUUUUUUCAGAAACUAGGAUUGAUCUCUUGAAGGAUGCCCUUCAGAUGUAGGAAACUUGAUCAGUAGGAAGGAUAAGGAAUUCAAUAGCUAGAGCAACAGCAUGAUAGUCAUGAGAGUAGAGGGGAGGCUGAAAGAAUUGUGUACCACCAUAACCCUGUCACUAAAUGAACAAAUAGGUCAGCACCCUAGCCCAAGAUUCCUUUCCUUCAGAGAACAUUUUCCACAACAUUACUUCAAACGUCUAAUAUAUUUAAGGUAGAGAAGAAUAUUCCUGGAGAUUAGCAUAUCUGGUGGGUGAUAAGGGAUAGUGUGACUCUAGAGUCCCAUUCAUUGCUCCACAUAAUCCUUGUCAAGUUUUCUCUUCCCUCCUUCAUUUCUUCCUCUUACUAAUCUACUAUAAGACCUUUUCCUGUUUUCCAGGUUUCUGACUUAUCUCCAUCUCACUGCUAUCCAAAGGGGAAUCCCAUGGUGAUUCCCACCAUGAUGUAACAACUCUUAGUCCAAAGUCAGCCAGCCUAAUAGUUUGUAGGGAGAGAAGAGGAACAAGUUUUGAGUAUCCAGAUCAUCAUAUACUCCCUCCCAGACCUAUGAUGUAGGUUCUGGUCCCUGCCUUUUGGGAUAGGAACAGAAAAAAGAGUCACAUAGAAAUUAGGAUGUUGGGAGCUGAGGGAACAAGCCAAGAGUACAGGCAGCCCAGUGGCAUUGAUUUUAUCCUUCACAGGAGAUGAAGGAAAUAAGAAACCUUCAUAAUGCCAUCUUUCCUUUCCUUCCCUGGAAAUCCUUCCUAGCAUUAACUUCCUGCCUUCUUGCAACAGCAUUUCAAGAAGCAUUUCAUUCUCUUACUGACAAACCAUUCUUUAGAGUCCCAAGGAGCUGGAGGAUUAUCAGAAACCUGCCUUACCAUUUGGAGAAGGGAUCCUUCGUGGGGUCAUGAAGUUUAGGCACAUGAAAUCUUAUGACAUUGCCCAAGGAAUGCGCCUUUGGAACCUCCUGAGCUAUCCUGAAAAGACUUCAUUGACACUGGGACAUAAGCACAGAGUAGACAGUAGAAGAGAAAAACAGUAGAUUUUAGGGCUUGGAGACUAAAAAGGAAGUGGACUGCAUUCAGGAAAGCAGCUGGGAUAUUAGGAAUGAAUGAAGCUUUAUUCUGCAGGGCAUCAUUUAGAGCUCCAAGUUACUUAAACUGUAUCUAACUUGACCCUAUCAUUUUAUACCUGAAAUAACUCAAGCCCAGAGAGGAUAUGACUGGCUCAAAGUCACAUUGGGAAAGUUUGAAUCCAAGUUGUCUGGCAGCAUCUUGGGUAAACAGAAGAACCUGAAAAGAAGUAUAGUGAGAAUAAAGGGGCUCAGAAACAGCGGGAAAGGAGAGUGUCUAGAAAUUCUAUUAUCACACCCCUCAUGUGCAGUCCAGAGCUCUUGGUGAACCCUACCAAAAUAGUUUGCUCUUUCCCCAGUACAUAACUGGAAUCAGCUACUUCAGAGAUACCUCUUACUCUAGGAUCCAAGAAGGAAAAUUUUGGGGAGGGGAAUGAAUAAAUAUUUCUUUGGCUCAGAGGCCUAAUUAUCUAAGACCUAAAAACAUUAUGAAAGCCUUGGAAACACUCCCUGGGAUAACCCAUGCAUUGAUUCCCUCUACUUUUGAUCUCCUGAAACAUUGCAUUUCCCCACCUUGGAGUCCAUUCUUAGGUUUGAACAUUGACCAAUGUCUCUUUAAGGUUUCAUUCAACAGUGGGGCAAGAAUAUAAAGGGAUAGUCAGCAGAGAUUCUGGAUUUGGGGGAAUGAAAAGGGUUUAAGGUUAGAAAUAUAAGAUCAUAUAAUCCAGGGCUAAAAGAGACCUUAGAGAUCAUCUAAUGGAAACAGGUUGAGAGGGAUUAUAAAAUUUAUCUAAGGUCACACUAGUAGUUAAAUGAGAGAGUCAGAUUUAAACUUUAACCAACUAUUUCCAAGUCUAACACUCUUUCCACUGAUGGAAUAUUAAGGGAAUAGAAUUUGGAAAAAGAAGGUAUCUAGAUGUCCUAGAGUGGAGUGCAUCAAACUGAGAUCUAAAGGGGUUUAGAGGGGCAGCUAGGUGGCGCAGUGGAUAGAGCACCAGCCUUGAAGUCAGGAGGACCUUGGUUCAAAUUUGAUCUCAGACACACUGCCUAGCUGUGUGACCUUGGGCAAGUCAUUUAACCCCAGUUGCCUCAGGGGGUGGGGGAAGGGUUUAGAGGAACAGGAUGAGGGACCUUAUGAGUUGGAACUAGAAGCAUAAGAGAUCAUUAACUGGACUUCUCACUACUGUCCAGAUGCAUGAAGUCAAAGUACUUAGACUGUGAAAUGUUAAACUAUUAUGCUAUAGUUCUUUUACUGUCCUGUCUCAGUUUCCCUAAUUAUCCUGACCCAGUUCUGACUCAGUUUCUCUGCUUCAGUUUAUAAUUAUCAACUCAAAGCUCAGUCCUGCAAAACCUCCCUUCCCUCUUUAUCAGUAAGGAUAAAAGAUCUUAUAUUUUAGAAUAUCAGAAUGCCUCUCCUCCUCCCAAACUAGUGGAAUGUCAGAUACUCUCUUAUCAAGAUGCCUCUCCCCAUCUCCAGGGUUCCUCCCCCCAUUAGGUCAUCCCAUCCCCCAUGCCCUGUCAGAACCGGAUUGUCAGAGUCCCAUUCCUGCUCUCAGCACCCUGACUCCACCUCUGCCUCAGUAUACCCCAAGUCUGAGUCAUGUGUAUAUAAGUCAUGAGAACUCACAUUGUUUGCUGGAUUCUUGGAGAUGAUAGUCUCAUUCAGCUCUGGGACCAAACCAUGGAUCCAUUUGGUCCCAGUAAAUCUCUCCCAUUUAAUAAAUUAUUAAAUAUUCUCUAAUCUCUAUCUUGCCUCAGUUUUCUCCGGCAUUACAAGCUAAUCAUUGCAAGUAAAAUUGAACCCAUUGGACUUCCAAAUCAGAUGCAAACAUAGGAUCUCUUCCUUGGGAAGUACUUUGGCAGGGGCUGGGGGGAGCAAUAGAAGUUUUCUUCCAUUUUUGAUAACCUAUGGUAAUAAUAAAAAUAAACAUGAAAGUUCUAAAUAAGGAAACUCUACUUCUUUGAGUCAUUCUUUUUUCCCCAGGUAAGAAAUGCUCCUUCCAUAUGUUCCAGGGAAAGAACACCUUGAUACUCUGAGAUACCACCUCUAGGCUGGGAAAACUCCUAAUCCACUGAGGUGGUAGAAGAAAACAUACUCAGCUGAGACAUCUGUCUCCCAAAUAAGGAAACUCUCCUCCCUCAGAAUUCCCCACUGGAUGAUUUUUCAGAGAAAGCAAUCCAUCUCCUUGAAAUAUCUCUUCCUUUUCCCUCUCACCAAAAAAAAAAAAAAAAAAAUCCUCACAGAAAACCCUAGCACCUCCUCUUCUGAGAUUCCUAAUUAAGAAACCACUCCUAAUAUAGUUCCAGCUUCUACUCCUACCCUAAAAAUCCCUCCCUUGGAACUUAGAUUCUUCUUUACACCACAUCCUCCAAAAAUCUCUUUAAUAACUUUCAGAUGAGAAAAGCCCUGAUUUCAGGGUAACAGAUCAUUCCCUUCCUUGGGAUUGCCCAGUUUAAUCUAGUUCGAUAAUCAGGUGCCGCUGCAUCACAAAACAUUGUGGCGUAAUGAGGAGGUGAGAUGGAGCUGGUAAUAGGAGGGAAAGAAAUAGCAUAGUUCCUUCUCUUGAGUGUAUAAACUAGUAGAACAGCCACAGAUAAGUAACCUUCAUUGAUGCCUUCUCAGAUAAUGUCCCCUACUCUACCCCGAAUGUGUCCAAUUAAAAAAAAAAAAAAAAAAAAACUCUUUCCCUGCCACGCAUUAUUUAACAAAAGAGAAAGAAAGUAAGAAAAAAAUGAAGUUUGAAAACAAUAAAAAGAGUGGGGAAAUUUACAUCGAGACCAAAGGAAACAAAUGGAAGCAAGAGCGAUGAAAACUUAGGUGGGGGAAAUAUUAAGAUUAGAAAAAGGAUAAACAGUAAAGGACAAGAAUCAAGAAAGGGGAAGGGAGAAAGAAUUUGAAAAAGAGGUGGACCCAGGAAAAAGGAAAACAAAAGACAAUAAGUUCAAACUUAGUUCAGUUCUUGCCAAGCUUUGGUCUCAUCAAGUUUAUCUAUAUAUUUGACACCACUGCCUGAUGAAGCCUUGUCUCACCUACAACCAACCUGUUCCAAAGGUCAAUCUUUGCCCCUUCAGUCAUUAAUGCUGAAACUGGUUGCAAAAAAGCAGACACUGAAAUAUAUCCAUACUGUUCUUCUGUCACCUAAAAUGAAAGAACAAAUGCCAAGACAGGCAAAGAUAACAAUAAUUAUGAUUAUUUGAUAAUAAUAAUACCCAUGAGAGUCUCAAGUAACAAAACUGUCCUUUCCUAGGUAAAGAAAAUCUUGUAUUCACAGGACCAUAUGACCUCAAAGGGAACCGGGCUCAAGAAUUCCCCACUAAGCAUCAUUCUCUCUCAAUGGAAGCCAUUACUGCAGAAGUCAAAGACACAUAAGGAUCAAACUAGAAUGAAUCAAAGAAACUGGCCUAGAUUAUUUAAGAUCUUUUUUCAAGGAAUAUCUAGUUUCAGUUAUUGUAAUCAGCUGAAAAUAGGGUUCUCCUAACUUAUAGUUAGUAACCUAGAACAAGUCCAGAAUUACUACAAUUUACUUCACUAUCUUUCCAAAGAACUUUCAGUUCAGUUACUCUCCCAAAUUUUCAAAAUCACUAGCCUCUGGUAUACUCUCAGUGUGGCUGUGGAAAAGACAGAAGCAGUGAGGAUCGAUGUGUGUGGAUCAAUGCCAGAAGACUUCCUAGAAGAAGAAAGUGUGGAAUUUAGUUUUGAAGAAGGGAAAGCACAGGGCUGAGAACAGAACAGUUAAGGUCUUGAGGUCGGGGCCUAUUUAACUUUCAUCUCUGAAUCCUCAAUGAUUAGCACAGAGGAUACUAUACAUAGGCACUUAAUAAAUGUUUAUUGUUUGAGCAGCA